AUGCCUGCUUUCAAUUUCUCGACCACUGGGUCCGAAGUAGUUGCUGCGUUGCCAGAUCGAGUCACUGGAAAGACAUUUGUGAUCACUGGAGCCAGUUAUGGUGGGCUUGGAGCCCACACGGCCCUUUACUUAGCAGCCGCCAAUCCUGCUGAGAUCAUCCUUCUCGGGCGCUCCGAAGAGAAAGUCUCUCCAGUCAUGAAGGAGAUCAGCAAAAUCAGCCCCUCUACCGUUGUUCGACUUAUCAAAAUUGACCUCGCGUCCUGCGCAUCAGUGCGCGCCGCGGCAGCGGAGAUUAAUGCGUCUGUCUCGAAGAUCGACGUCCUCAUUAAUAACGCAGGCAUUAUGGGUGUCAAGUUUUCUCUGACUGCUGAAAACGUGGAAAGCCACCUGGGUGCUAAUCACAUUGGUCAUUUCCUGCUCACCAACCUCCUUAUUCCGAAACUUGAAGCGUCUGGUGGUGGUGCCCGGAUUGUGAAUGUAUCCAGUGCCAUGUACCAGUUCAGCCCAGUUAUGUUCGACAACUACAACUUCUCCGACGGCAAGACCUACAACGCUUGGAUAGCUUACGGACAGUCCAAAACAGCAAAUAUCUUGUUUGCCGUUGCAUUGGCUAGGAAACUGGAGAAAAAGGGAAUAAAGUCCUAUUCGUUGCACCCGGGAGUCAUACAGGCAACGGGUCUGUCGUCCGGGGUAGAUCCAGCAGCGUGGCCAGUUGUGGGACCUAUGUUCGAAAGCAAGAAGCUGGAGAUGCCGAAGGAAAAGAACAUCGAGCAGGGCUGCGCAACUACUCUUGCUGCGGUCCUGGACCCCGCGCUUGACGAUCAAUCAGGUUCAUUUCUAAAUGACUGUAAUCCAGAAAAGGUUUUGGACUACGCCUCUGACGCCUCCAAUGCAGAUAAGCUGUGGACUCUGAGUGAGAAAAUUGUCGGAGAGAUAUUUUGCUACUGA